UAAAUUGAUAAAAAAAAUGCAAUGAAGAAUUUAGUUGGUUAAACUUUUGACGUUAAAGCAAACAAUGCCAAUUUUUGUCUCUACACAAUCAUUACUUCCGGUGGCGCGGCAAUACAAAUUUAUUUCAAGUUCAAACGAUCGUUAGAAAAGGUUACCAUAGUUACAAAUAACCAAGUAAUUUCUCAGGAGCAUUCAAUUAUUAUAAUUAGCGAAAAUAAUAAUUUAACUAUUAAAAAUGGUAGAUAAAGAUCCUCAGUUAAGCGCCCUGGGUGUAGGCGAACUUGAUUUAUUUGUUGAAAGUAUGGAACCAUCUUCUAUAGAUGCUAUUGGAAACCAAGCUUGGGUGGAUUGGCACAUUCGAUUGCAGAAGUUAAACCAGCAAGCUGUUUUAGAAGCGUCUUCGAUGCAAGAAGAACUUACAAAAGAAACUCUGAUUUCUUGUGGAAAGUUGCCAGUAUUGGUGUACGAAGCGAUUUGCAUUCAAGUGUGGCGAACAAAAAUAUAUCCACAGAUAAUAAAAUUAGAGCCAGCUCCUGCUAACACGUUUGGCGUUUAUAUGGUGUUGUACCACGAAGCAGCAGCAGUGGGCUUGUUGGAGACAGUGUUGUUUCAUGAGGACGGAGCGCAGUGCAUCAGCGACGUUGUCGUCGACUUGCUCAACUAUGCUGUCGAUCAGCUUACCGCGCUUUUGGCUCUCAUCAAUGACAACUACUUAAGACCAGUGACUAGUAAGGAGUUGGAAUGUGAGACAGCCAUUGAGGAACUGGACCGCCAGAAGAGGGAUCUGCAGUUUGAUAUCAGCAUGAGAUGUAUUUCUAUUGUAAGGUACAUAGCAGAGCAUAUGGAGGUGGGCGGCGCGGCGGCAUCCAUCUCCACCAAUUUGUACAAGACACACGACCUGCCCUCUCUACUGACCCACCUUCUAUUGCACGAGCCCUGGAAGAAGAACAACGAUAAGGGCGAACUGCAGACCUUCAACUUCGGUCGUUGGAGUAAGCCCUCCGAGGAGGAGUUAUCUCAGAUGCACCGCAGCGAGGCGCAGCUGUGGCUGUGCUUGCGGCAGCUGCUGCUGGAGCCGCGACUCAACCACUACUACACCAUCGAUGAAUGCCGGCGUAGUGCCUUUUGUAGGUUGCAAGCCAAGAUGUCAGAGUCGAUGCUGGACCAGAUCCCACCGCUGGGCGACCUGAAGAUGUUCCUAUGCCGGCUGGCCGUGGGCGACUACUCCAGCUUGCACAACCGCACCAACGGCGUCAAGAAUCCUGGAUGUACCCUCAUCGAACUAGUGCCACAAAUAAAAGAUGCCUGCCUAAAGAAAGUCCACAAGCGCACCAAGACAUUAGCUAAGGCCCAAUUGGAGUUGUUUCAUAUGGACGGGUCGGAGGAGUCGCGCAACAUGGCCAAGCGCCUGCUGGAGUCCUACACCAGCGACGCCGCACUCGCGCUGGACAGCGGCGGCGCUAAGUGCGCUAAAUGUGGAGACAAGGCCACUAAGAAGUGCUCCAGAUGUAAGACUGAGUGGUAUUGUGGCAGGGAAUGCCAAGUGCAACAAUGGCCGAAGCACAAGGAGAUAUGCGAUCAGUUUGCUAAGAUUUGUGUGUAAAACUAUUAUUGGUAUCAACAAUAUAUAAAAUGCGCUUGUUCAGCGUACGUACAAGUUAGUUAGAUACGAGUGACUAGACAAAAUAAUGUUUGUAUGGAAUGUUUGCUUUGUUUAAUGUAACUUUAAUUAUGUCCUAUUUAUGAUUCUUAUUUAAAUAAAAAUGAAUAACAG